UUGUAAUCAAUCUCAAUCUGAACAUCGCGGCCUUUCAAGUGCGACUACUUAUUCUACACUUCAUUGGUACUACCAUAAUGUUGUUUAAAAACUAAAAAAUAAAUAAAAAAACGUUAAAUCCUUUAAUUUUUAGAUCAGGGACUACAUUAAACACAAUAUUUAUUUUGUCUGUCAUGGAUACAAGGAUAGAAUGUCAUUGAUACACAGAAAAAAAAUCUGAUAAUGUCGUCGACUUAUCAACUUGAGAAAAUAGUUGGCACUGAGGACGAUUUUGAUAUUGAACUUUCAGAUAGUUAUGUUGUAUUUAUAUUGACCGGAGCAGCGUUUUAUGGUAUAAAUGCUUUUCUACAGCGUUACGAGAACCAGAAAGCAUCAGCCAACGAUAUAGACCCAUGGCGGUGGAGAAAAAUAGUGGUAUCGUGGAUUCACGGAUUCAUCAUAGGAGUUUGGAGCUUCGUAGGAUUGCUGUGUUACCCGGAACUUUUAGAUGACCCGUUACUGUUUGUAAACACUUCGUCAUAUAUGUUGAUUCUAGUAUCUACAGGGUAUUUCUUUUAUGACGCAUUAGAUAUCAUUGUAAAUAGCCGGAUACAAGAGAAAAUGGGCGUAUUUCUUCAUCAUGUUGUUGUUAUAGCAGCAUUUGGAUACAUUUUACAUGUCAAAUUAUGUGUUGGAUAUAGUCAAAUAACACUAUUGGCAGAAUUCAACAGUAUUUUCUUACAUGGGAGAAAACUCUUACGAAUGGCAAACUUUGGAUUUGAUACAAGUUUAUAUCGGAUAUUUUCAUAUCUUAAUAUUCUUACGUUUUUCGUUUUCCGUAUAAUACCUUUUAGUUAUUGUUUAUAUGGCUGUUUUGCCGAUCGACACCGAAGUUAUGCGUUUAUUUUCUACCUGCUGACAUCUGUUAAUAUCGUUGUGGAUGUCGUCAAUGUUGUUUUGUUCUGGAGGAUUAUACAAUCAGACUUGAUUAAACCGUAUUUGAAAAAGAAACACUAAAUUUUGAAAGAUUAGUAACUGUUAUAACUAUGGAAAUUUUUCAUAUCAGUUCAAAACUGACUUUAGAAAUAAGCCGUUACCACUACCCGAUUGUUCGUUUGAGUACUAUUUUCUUUUUAACAUGGGAACGCUUUAAGACUAUUCCGUCGAGAACAGAAAAAGACAUAAAGUUUUCCAAUCAUUUUUCUGGAAUGGGAGGUUACCGAUUACCCAUUUUCAAUGUUUUGAUCCGACUUGAAGAUAUAGAACAGUAACUUUUAUUCCAAGGGCGUGAAAUUUGAUUUGAAAGGAAGUCUUCUACUGUGAAGUUUUCUCUGUUUGAAAAGAGAAAUACCAGCAUCACUUGCAACUCGUUUUUUCGUUUCUUCGAUGUUUUUUUGACGUGAGAAAAAAAAAAAGAAAUAAUGGUGUUAGCCAGAAAGUUUUUCCAUCAAUAUAUAGGAUUUUGCUAGUUUUUCUUCAUCUUCUUAUGUUUUUUAACAAGAUGUUGUAUACAAAUUCUGAUUCAUAUGAGUAUUAGAACACAUGUCGACUAGUUGAAGCGCACAGAUAGCACCCAUAGAAAUACUGACUCUCUGCUGGAAUCUUAAUUCUAAAAACUCAACAAAAUACGUUGUCGAUCAAAAAAGUCCAGCAUUCUAGCUACCCAAUUUGAAGUAAUGUUGGAUUAAGCAAUAAUUUUUAAAAAGUGUUUCGGAGAAAUUUUUUUCCUUUUGUGAUGUUUGAUUCGAAUAGGAUGAUAAAGAAAAUGUAAUAAUUUGUUUUUGAUUUUGUUUUUGGUUUU